AGUUGCAAUUGCCCAGUCCAGUUUCUUCCUUUCAACUGUAAGACUGAACACGGUGUCUUGGUCCGGGCAGAAGGGACGCUAUGAUCACAGAAUUCCUGACCCUGCUUUACCUUGGGCUUUGUCUGGGCAAUGAAGAUGAGAAAAAUAAUGAGAAAUUUUCCAAAUCCCUCCUCCAUGCCUUGCCCAGCUCAGAGGUUGAACACAGCAGCAACGUGACCCUCAAGUGCCAGUCUGACGUCCAGAAUGUGACAUUUGUGCUGGGGAAGUUGCAGGACUCUGGGUACAAGCAAGAAUGCAACUCAACAGGACAGGAUACUAAAUUCCUCCUCACUGACCUGAAGCCUAAAGAUGCUGGACAGUACUUUUGUACCUACAAGACAGUGGCUGUAGAGAAAUGGGAAAUCAACACCAAAGUCAUCGUUGUCACCACCAUCAGCUGCCUCUCUGUCUUCCUCCUCUUCGUUGCCGUCUUCUUCAUCUACAGAUGCACUCAGCACGAUUCAUCACAUGAAGAAUCCGCCAAGAGAACCAGCCAUUCCAAAUUUCCCAAGCAGGGAGCUGCAGGUGUAUCCAAACUGGAAAGAAUAUCUGAAUCGCCUGAAGAAUCCCAGGGAGUGACCUAUGACCAGCUAAACACCAACGCACUGUCUGCGGCAGCUUCUGUCCCCACCCAAGAGCCCCCAGGGUCGUGUGUCUACGCAACACUGAAGCUGUAG